AUGAAAGCAUAUUAAUUUUUUGUAGCAUUAGUUGCUUUGUAGCUUUUUAAAAGCUUAUUUGCGUGUCCAACAGGUUGUACUAAUUGCAACGAAUAAAAUAUUUGCUAAUAGUGCGAGCAAAAUUUUGAAUUAGAUUAAGAAUUAGGAGUUUGCAUUUUCACAGGUUGUGAAUCAUACUUAUACUUAUAAAAUAAAGGUAACUAGUAACCAGCAGUUUGUCAAGCUAUUUGCGAUUAAGGAUAUCAAGGUGAUAGUAAAACAAAUUUAUGCAUUAAUCUUAGCUAGUGUUCAUUAACAUACAGCUCUCAGACCGGUAUUAGCUAGGUAAGCGAAACCAUUAAACUGGUUUUGCCUUACUAAGAUUAAUAUUUUAUCAUAGUCUAUUCAACAUAUAUCAGCAAAUAGCUUAAAUCAACAGGGAGAUUUGUGCAAAAUAUUCCUUUUUAGCAGAAUUUAGAGUAUGUAGAAUACUUCCAAGAUAAUUUCUACAUAUUUUAAAAUGACAACAAAGUAGUAAAAUGGAACAUUUAGAACAAUAGUACAGAACUAUUCAAGUUUGCUUUAUCAGGUAAUAUAGAUUAAAGUACACAAAUUAUUUCUCUCAAUUAUUAAUUUGGAAUUGUUAUCACUUUUGACAAGAAAAAAUCAAUAAUCUAUGCAACUUUGUUGUUAGAUUUGACUUAAUAAAGUUUUGUGUAAUAUUCUUCAACUAUUAAAAUAAAUUAAUUAAAUAAUUAGGAUUAUUAUUUUUUUAAUGAUCUAAUUUUAAUUACCACAUCUAACUAAUCUAACGGAAUUAAUGUUUCAUAAUUCUACAUAGAUUAGAAUAAUAAUUUAAACACUCAAAAUUAAUCAAAUUAAAAUUAUUGCAAAGAAUUAAAUUCUAUAAGCAUUUUAAAGGUAUUGAACUUAAAUGAUAAAUAAAAUAUGAUAAUAUUGAAUACCUAACCUUAGUAUUUAAUUUUAGAUUAAAAUUCUUGCAAAAUAUUUCAAAUUCCAUAACCAUGCUCCAAAGUUAAGAUCGCUUCUACUUCAACAUCAAAUAUGUACUUUUUACAACUUUAAACAAUCGUACUUGGCUUAAAUACAGAUUUAACUUAAUUUGCGCGCAUUCAAAUUUAAGCGAAUAUAGUUGAUUUUCUUACUAUUUCAACUUCUAACUUAAAUAUGAUUUUAGCUGUUCUUGAUGAUUUAUCAAUUUUGAAUUUCUUCAGCUUAGAUUUAUAGAAUUUGCAAUACUAAUAAUUAGAUUAAUAUAAAUUGAAUUAAUUUAAUCCAACCAGUUUAAUGCUUAUUAACUAAAUUAUAGAUAACAAUAAUUAACUUGAGCAAAUGCAAAUUAUUGCUUAUUCUAAAUAAUUAUAAUCUAUAACACUAAACAGAAAUAAUUAAAACUCUCUUUCUUUAACAAGCUAGUACUUUUUAAAGCCGUUUUAAAGAAAACUUACAGAUAUGUAAUCUAGUAUAACUUCUCUAGAUACAAACGAAGUAAAUAAUCUAGUUACUUUUUGUUCAACAAAUGGGUAGAUAAUGACAUGGGAUUAUUCUAUAAUAAUAAAACCUAAGCUUGUGGAUUCAACUAUCAUUAAUAACCAAGGAUUGUGCAUAUCUAUUUAGUAUUUAAUUAAUAAUUAUGCUUUAAUACUAUUUUCUAAUAGUAUUAUAGCUUAUGAUGCAGUUCAUUCUAAAAUUUUGAAUACUUGGACUUUCAAUAAUGCAUAAUCUAAAAUGACAAAUAGAUAUAUAUUACCUGUUAAUGGAAUUUCAUAUCUCUUAUACGAUUCUUGCUUUUAAGCAUUUGAUUAAAACUUUUAGCAGAUUUUCUAAGAUUGUAACCCAAUUUUAGAUGAUGUUAUUAUUCAAGCAAAACUAGACCCUAGUAUGUAUUUAGUUGUGUAAAAGGCCUAUUCUUUUUCAGUUUUCAAGGUGCUAAACAAUAAAUUGAAUCUAUCAGGCGCCUAUGUAAGCAUAGCUUAAAUAUAAAUUUGGAAGAUAAGAAAUUUUCCAUAAAGCUAUCAAGAUGAGAACAAUAUUACCUUUGAAAUUAUUUCAUACUUUUCUGAUUAAUCCCUUACUAUAUUUUCUUAAGAUUUAUAACCAAUAAAAUCAUAUUAAAAUAUUCUUAUUUCAACUGCGAUUGACAUUAAUUUUGUGUCUGAUGAUCCAUACGAUAAUCUUUAUGUAGUAGGAGGAGUUAAUAGCCAAAAGUCAGCAUCAUUUAAAUAUCAAUCAUUUGCUUUGUUUAAGAAUUAAACAACCAUUUUUUCAGUAACUUAGUAAAGUGGUUUAAAUAAACUUUUUUCUGUAUAUAAAUAUAUUAACUAAGGUAAUGGAGCUGUAGCAUAUACGUUUAAGGCAGUAGUUGAUUUGAGUUAUUUAACUGUGGUUUAAUCGUUUUACUAUAAUAUGUAAAACUAAGAUAACUUUUAUAGUACUAAUUAUUUAAACUAAUAUGUAUAUAUGAAUGUUUUCCAAACAAUAAAAAAAGAUUAAUUUUACAUGUUUGGAGAUCAAUAUGGUUUGAUGACUAUAGAUGGUACGAGGAGAAAAGUAUACUCUAAUGUUUAUAAUUUAAGCCCUUAAGAUAUUCAAUCAAAAGAUUUUAUUUUAGGAGUUUAUUAAAGUUUAGUGCUUUAAAAAUUCUUUAUAAUAAAAUCAAAUAUUUAAGUCUACAAACUACUCACAAAUGAAUUUAUAGAAAUCUUAGAAGUUAAGAAUGAUCCUAGCUAACCAAUUAAAUAUUUUUCAAUAUUAGAUUAGUAUAAUAUUGUUAUUUGUAUAAAACAAAAUAUAUUAUUUGUGAAGGACUAUAAAAUUAAUAAAGUAUACUAUUAUACCAACUUUUCUUAAAUUACUAAUUAUUUAGUAGAUAGUAACAACAUCUAUUUAUACGGAUCUAAUGUUUCUAUACUAGGUUUAGAUUUAACUGAAAAAUAUUCUUAAAAGAAUACCUUAGAUAAUAGCCUAGUGUAGCAAUGUGCAUUUAGUUCUAUUGGAUUGAUUUGUAAAAAAUAAUCAGCAACAAUCAUAAUUUUUGAUAAAAAUAACCUCAAUCCCAUAACCACUUUGUAGUAGCGCUUCUUAGAUAACAAUUAUAGAUUUGAAAUAGAUAACUUAUAUCAGAGGAUUAUUCUCUACUCGUCUAACAUCGAAGUAUAUAGCUUUAAUGGUAAUUUUUAAAUGUAUAUCUCAUCGAUUAAUACAUAAAUCAGUACAUUAUAGAUAUUUACUAAUGACAUCUCUGUAACAUCAACAAGUAUUAUUAUUUAUGACAGAAAAACUUUAAAUUAUAGAGGAUAAAUUAUCAGUCCAGGAGGAGGUACUAUUUUAAAUACAGGAUUUAUACCUGAACUAAAUUAAUUAGUAUUUUAUCUAGCUGUUAUAAGAUUUGCUUAAAUUUUCACUAUUAGUUUAGAUAAUUUAUAAACAGUUAUGCAGUACAAAAAUACAUUUACAUAGAAUUAACCAUCAGUUAUUGCAAGCUAUUCAUAUGAUAAAGAUUAAAAUCUAUUCAUUGUUUUAGAUUUAGCAGGAAGUUUUUAAACUAUAGAUUAUCAAGCUUAGUUUGUUACAUGGACAACAACAAAAUUUGUUGAAUAUGAUUAAUAUUCAGCAUAUAACAUUGUAGGAUUUUCUUUAGAUUUUCAAAACAAUAACUUAUUUGUUUACUCAUAAACUUAAGUUUUCAAUCUUUGUUAUGGUGAUUUAACUAAUUAAGUUAUAAGAUUAAGAACAAGCAAGAAAUAAUUGUUUGCCUAGAUAUCAGAUACUACUUUAGGUAGCUCAGAUCAAACAAGUAUUGCUUUUAUUAUCGCUGGAGAUUAAGGAUUGCUUUAUAAAUAUUAAAAUACUGCAUUUGAGUAUUUUUAUCAACUCAAUGAAGAAAUUCAAAGUAUUAAUUACAUUUCAAACCUGAAACUACUAAUCAUAGCACUUUCUCAGUCUUUUGUUAUUUUUAAUAAUUUUGAUCAAAACUCUUUGGCAAAUUUGAAUCCAUGGUAAAAUUAACAAUAAAUUGUUGCUUUAAAUAGCCUAUUUUCUUUAUUCAUAUGUGAAGACGUGUUUGUAACUAAAGAUGGAUUAAUUAACCAUUAUGAUUUUUUAAAUUAAAAGUAUAUAAGUACCAUAAAAUUAUAAGAUCCUCAAUCCAGAAUAAUCAAAAAUAUUUGUUCUUCUAUCUCGCAAAAUGUUUAUUUGGGUUUAAGUAAUGGAGAUAUAAUAAUUUACAACAGAAGCACUUAUCAAAAAUAUAUUAUUAGCUUAGUCUCUAAAUAGUAAGGAUAGCAAUACUUUGGUUUAGAAAUAGCAUACUUGGCAGAAACUUCGACAGAUUUAUGGGCUUGCUUCAGUAGUACACAGGGAAUUUUCAAAAUUAAUCUUAAGGACCAGAGCUUUAUAUAAAUAAUUUAAUUUAAUAGCUUAAAUACUUACAAGACAAUUUAAGAGCUAAAUGUUAUGAUCUUCGAUGUGGAUGAAUAAAAUAGUAGAUUUUUUUUGAAUUUUAUUGGAGAAAAAGUAUUGCGAGUGUUUGACUUAUCAGGAAACUUGCUCUAAAUUAUAUCUUUAGCAGGUAUAUAUUAUAAUACUUUAUAAAUUAGUUCAUCCCAUUUACUAGUUUAUACUACCUUUCAUGUUAUGAUCUAUGAUAGAAUAACUCUAUAAUACAUUUAAAGAAUAAGGAGGGAUAAUCAUAACGAUAUUAUAGUAGAAGUUGUUGAAAUUAAUAGCAAAUAUUUAGUUAUUUUAAGCUAAAGUAAGUAUGAAAUAUUUUAAUUAAAGUAAAACUCAAAAGAAGCUGUUUUAAUGGACCAAGUUUUACUACAAAAUCCUACAUUCAUGUCAUAUGCUAUCAAUAAUAAUGAUAAUAGUAAUUAAAAUAUUAAUUCAAUAAUGUAAAUAUUUUUAUUAUCAUCUAACCAAGUACUCGAGCAGAAAUACAAUCUUAUUUAUGAGAGUAUCUAAACAAAAGAUAAGAUUUGUAGCAUGGAUGUUUCUGUAAGUUCAUUUUAUGAUGUUUCAUUUUCUAUGAGUAAGAUUAAGCCUGUAUCAUUUCCAGAUCCUUCUUAAAGAUCUAUGAUUCCAGUAUCAGAUUAUAGUUUAAAUAAUUACUGGAAUAUUUUAUUAAAUGGAAAUGAUAUUAGGGCUAUUAAUUUUUAAAGUACACUGAAUAGUUUAACUCAAGUUUACCCUGUUUAAACGUCUUUAGUAUCAAAUAACUAAGAUCUUUAUCCACUUUAAAUUUAUUCUGACACAUUUACUUCAUAUAAAAAGUAAGAAGUAUAGAUAAGAGAUUUUCGCUUCAUCUUUUAAAAAUAAUUAGAAUCAAUAAAUUUUUAUGAAAAUUCGUUAAACAUUACUUUUAAUAACAUUUAAAUAGAAUCAUAAGUAACAGACAAUAUUACCUUUCAAUUUUUUAACAUGAGCAAAAUAGUUUUUGAUUAAAUAUAUCUAAAGAAUUUAUAAAGGUAAUUUAAUCCAAAUUUUCAAAAGUAAAAUUACUUCUUUUCUUUUGAAAAUGUAGAAUAUGUAAACAUUUACAAUUUAGUUUUAGAUAACAGUAAUUUACAGAAUCUUAGCUUUAUAGGUUUAAUUUCAGCCAUAAAUGCUAAAUAUUUGGUAAUUAAAAAUUUAACAAUUAAAAAUUCAAAUAUUUAUCCUUUAAUUAGAAUUUAAUAAGUUGAAAAUCUUUCAAUAAAUAAUCUCUCAAUAAUAAAUUGUACUAAUGCUUCUAAUAAUUUAAAUGAAUAUGUUUUAAAUAUUACUGGAGUGACUAAUACUACUCUUUCAAAUAUAAAUAUUUCUCAUAACUAUAACUUACUGUUCAUUUACACUUCUAACAUAUUUCAAGAUGAUGGAAUCUAGUAUAUUUAAUAGACUGACAUAUUAAAGAUUGAUAGCCUAUAUAGUGUAUUAAAUUAAAUAUCUUACUCCAAAAGUUAAUCUUUAAUAUCUGUUUAAAGCUCUUUUUGUAUAUUUAAUAACUUUACUUACUAAUAUAAUUAAGGAAAUGUAUUCAUAACAUUAUCUAAAAGCUUAUUGAUUGAAAAUAGUGUUUUCUAAAAUAAUUUAUGCCUAAAUGGAGGAGCCCUUUCUUUAAUAUAAUGCUCAAGUAUAAUAAAAAUAAAAAAUAGUAAAUUUUAAUAUAACGAAGCUUAUGCAAGUGGAGGAGCUAUUUAUUUAGAAAAUAUAGAUGCAUAAAUAUAAAUGGAUAGUUUAGUUUAAAUAAAUAAAAAUUAAGCCUUGAUUGGUGGAGGAUUAAGACUUUUAAAUACUGAGCUUAAUCUGCUUUAAUCUCUGAAUUUUAACUACAAAAACAUCAUUUUUGAUAAUGAUGCAUAACUGUAUGGAAAAAAUGUAGGAACCUUCCUAUAAAAUGCAACUGUAGGUGUAAUAUAAGACAGUUCUUCAAAGACUUCAGAUAAUUUACAAUCAGAUUAAUUAAAAAUAAAUUACAAUAUAAUAUAGAAUGAAGAUAUGAAAAAGUCUGAUUAAGAAAAGUUUUAAUAAAUUCUAUAAAUUUUUAAAUUUUAGAGUGGUGGUAUGAUAAGCUUUUGUGUUAAAAUGGUUGACUCAGAAGGAACAUACUUGAAAUUUUCAAUAUAAAAAUAUAAUUUACAGUAAUACCCUAAUUCUAUAAUGAGCGAAUUAAAAUAGAUUUAAUUUAAAAUAUAAUCUUAUGUACUUAGCUAAGAUAUAUUAAUUAAUGGGCAUAAUAUUAUAACUUCUUCUGAUUUUGAUGAUUUAAAUAACCAGUUUGUAUUUACUUAAAUUCAGAUUUCUAGUAUGCCAAACUAGACAACUAGCUUAUAAAUUAUUCCAAGCUACAUUUCAGCAAAUAUCAAUGUUCUUCCAAUCUACAUAGAAAUCCAUAUGAGAAUAUGUUACCCUGGAGAAGUUGUAAAACAGUUAGAAAAUAAUAUUUAUAGUUGUUAUUCUUGUCCUUAUGGUUCUUAUUCCAUUACAGAUCCUACUAAGGAUGAGUUUUGGUUUGAAUAAAUAUCAAAUACCCCUUUUAGUAUGACAAAUUAGAGUUUAUAAUCAAAUGUUUACUAAUCUGAAUGCUAAAAGUGUCCAGAUUCAGCUUUUGUGUGUUAAAAUAACACAUUAAUUUUAAAAACUGGUUACUGGAGGAAGAAUAAUACAUCUACUGAUAUUAUUUAAUGCUCUACAUUAUUUAACGCUUGUGAUGAUUAAAACAGUUCAAGCAAAUAAGGUUGUCUUAAAGGUUAUAUGGGACCUGUUUGCAGAGCAUGUGAUGUUAGUGGUUAGAUAUGGGAUGGUUAACGUUUCUCAUAGUCUUUUAUAAAUUAGUUGAAAUGUGAGUUAUGCAAUGAUAUAAACUACUAAAUAUUUUUUAUCUUGCUAGCAGUUGCUAUUUUGCUGUGCUAUUUCAUAUUAAGUAUGAUCCUUUUUUUUAACUCUUUUGUUCAUUCAUGCCUAUGCUACUACUUAAGAAAAAUAAAAAUGCUACCAAUAUCGAGGCAUGCGAUUCUAGACUAAUCAAGCUUUUACUUAAAAAUAUUAAUUAAUUAUAUCUAAAUAUCUUCUGUUUUAGUAUCUAUGUAGGUUAGCUUUUUACCUGAUUUGCUAUCUUCUUUACCAAAUUAUAUUGGAGAUCCUAACUCCUAAGUGAUAGUAAGCAUAAAUUGUGUAGUUAGUUUGAGCUUUAUCAAAUAAUUUGGAUAAGCUCACGUUAUAUAAGUGUUUUAAGCCUUUUUACCACUGCUAUUUUUAAUAGUCUUACUUGGAAUAGUUUUCAUAUUAGAAAAGUUAAAGAUUUUUGGAAUUAAAAAGUAUCACAAGUUUACUCUCAUGAACUUUAUCUUUAUUUUCUUUCAACCUGAUUAAAUUAAUUUCUUUUCUAAAUAAUUAACAUGUACCCAAUUUGGAUCUGAAAAGUACGUAACUUCUGAUUUGACAAUUAAAUGUAAUGAUCCAGACUAUAAUUCAUUUACAUAUCCUUUGGCUAUACCUUUAAUAUUAAUUUGGAGUUUGUUUCCAUUUAUAAUAUUUAAGCUUUUGUAAAAAAAAUCGAAAGUACUUUAAACCUGUUUUACCCUAUAUUACUUUGGAUACUACUAUUAAGAAUUUAAAGAAAAGUACUAUUACUGGGAAUUCAUAAGAAUCUAUUUAAGAGUUAUUGUUGUUGUUGCAUUUACUCUCACCUCUUAAUCUUACUUUAUUAGCUACUAAAUUGUGAUUUUCAUACUUUUUUUAUAUAUUAUGUUUACACUAUAUUUUAACCCAAUAAGAAGUAAUAAUUUAUAGAGAUUCGACCUCUUUUGCUACUAAGUUAUUAUAUUAAAUUCUUUGUUAUCCACAAUAAAUACAGAAAUAAAAUCAUAUGCAAUAUCAGGAAUAAUAUACUGUCUUCAUCUAGUAUUUAUAUUUAUGAUUGUAUUAGCAAUUAUUUUUAUUAAGUUAAAUAAUCCUUUAACUUAUGUUGGUAAAUGUUUUAGAAAGAUUCUCUCAGUAAUCCUCCCAAGAUCUAUCUAUAGUAAAUAUUUAAAAUCUUAGAUUACUAAUUGGAAAAUAUACACUCUUUGGAAGAAAAUACAAAAAAAUUUAAAUCUAAUUGUGUAAUUACAAGCCAUAGAAAAAGUCACAUAGGAAAAAUCUUAGCUUAAAUAAAAUUAACUCAACUAGACAUUUGAUACUGUGAUGAACUUGAAAAGCAACGUAAUAUAAAAAAUAUCUCUUAUUAAUCAAGUUCAGCGUUCUUACAUUCAAGAGCACUCGAAAUGUAAAGAUUAAACAGAAGAAAUAGAUUUUAUAUAAUUAGCAAAAAAUUAGAGUGAAAACAGUAAAAAUAAUGAGAUUUAGCUAAUAAAUGGAAACAAAAGUGAUUAUAAUGAUUAAUUUUUGAAUGAUGAUUACUCUUAGCAAGCCGAACAAGUAGAUGAAAUAAACUUCUAAUCAGAAUUAUAUCAAAGUAAUGUGUAAAAUAAGACUUUAGAUUAAAAUUAUGAAACCCAGUUUAAAGUGAAAAAAAAUCUUGAUUUUAAUAGAAAAUCUGAUAAUAAAAAUAAAAUUUGA